AUGUAUCCAAAUCUCAAACAAAAACCUUUGUUGACCUUUGGAGAAGAUGGGAGAAAACACAGAGGACAAGACAAUGAUGAGGCAGAGGACGAGGAAGUGUUUGAGGAGAUCCGCAGGCUACGGCUAGAAAGGGGACAUCUACUACAGAAGAUUAAGGCUCUGGAGCAGCAACAGAACAGCACCACCGCUGCACUGGAGGAGCUGAGCUCACUAAGAGAGUGUUUGAGAGAGGCAGAGGCAGAGCGUGAUUGCCUGGAAGUAGUGCUGAAGGAGCUGGGAGGUGUUCAGCUCAGCAGUACAACCUGCAGCAUUAGUAGGGCUACAGAUGAUAUGCUGGAUUUCCCUGGAACAAAUAGGCUGCUGUCCAGGCGGUCACAAUGCACAGAUGCGGAGCUGCCUCCUGCCCAAGCAGAGAAGUCAUCUUGGGAGCAAAUGAACAGUGUGGAGCAGCUUUGCAGGCAGGUGGAGGAGCUGACUGCACAGAAUGCUGAACUGGUUCUCAAAGUACAGAUGCUUGAGAUGUUUGAAAAGGAUGACACAGACUUUCAUAGCUCUGGUCUUGACUUUGUGCCCAUGACUGUCUAUGAUUCCUUAAAGAGAGAGUUUGAAAAGCUGCAGCAGCAAUACACCAGAGCUACUAAAAGCUCAAACACUGCAGAGGACCCUGGGUCUGAGAACAAUCCUGAAGACAUAGGUGCGGUGGAAUCCAAGGAGGACGAGGAGGAGGGUUUAGCUAGAGAAAUAGUGAAGAAGAAGGGAAAACAGAAAAGCCUAGAGCAACAGCUAGCCUGUGCCCAUGCUGAGUUGGAGGAGCUGAGAAAAGAGAUGCAGUUGGGUAUUGAUUCUGUGACUGCAGGUUUAGCAGUUACCCAAUCCAAAGCUGAAGAGGAGGGGCUGAGCUUAGACAUACAGAAGUUGACAGCCCGGGUGCAGGAACUGGAGGCAGAGCUGGCAAACAAAGAGGUGGCGUGGAAGGAAGGGAUGAAUGAGAGUGACAUAAUCCAACAGUUGAAACAAAAGGUGAAAGAGUUAGAGGAAGCUCUACAGGUGAAGGAGAAAGAGGCACAGGAUAUGAACGAGUCAGUGGAGAGAUCAAAACAACGAAUAAAGGAGUUAGAGGUGGCCCUGGAGCAGGGCAUUGGGGCAAGGUGUUUGGCAGAAGGCGAGGAAGAGUCACUGAAUAAAUUACAGGUGCGUGUAGCAGAGCUAGAAACUGAGCUAAGUAAGAGUAUUCCCCGUGAGCAGCUGGAUGAGGUGCAGGUCACCCUGAGUCUGCAGCUGGAGCAGCUAGCUCGAGAACGUUCUGAGAUUGCCCUCCGACUCAAUCAAGCUAUGCUAGACCUGGAGAGACUUUGCCCUCCACCUCACACUGACAAAGAUGACAGCGACGAAGAUGAAGAGGAGCAGUCUGAGAGCUACAAGUCAUCUGGUGCUUUGGAGUUGCAUGGUGGAAGAACAUUGAGGACAGUUCAAGAAGAGCUGGAGGUGACAGACAUGGAAGCACUGAAUGGCUUGUGUGCUGGGAAAGAGGGCUGUGUUCAGGAUGCGCUGCAGAUGAAGGAUGCAGUAUCACUGGCUGAACACCAGAAGGCACUGUCUGCAAUAAUGCAACAACUAGCUGAGACAGAAAAUAAACUGCAGGCUGAGCAGGCACUUUGUGAGAAUGCCCAUGCUGAACUGGCCAGGUUGAAAAGUGACCUGCAGGACGCACGACAUGGCAUGAUGAGCAAGGAGGAACAUGAAAGGAUCAUGGCUGAGCUGCAGCAUACCCUAGAGGAGAGCCAGAGUGCUGUAGCAACAGCCCAUGAGGCUCUGAGUGUUAAAGAUCUGGAACUGAAGGAGCUACAAUCUCAGAAAGCUGUAGAACUGGAUAUGGUAUCUAAAGAGGACCAUGAAGCCCAGCGACUCUCACUUCAGGCUGAGAUCAACACGCUGACUGCCUGCCUGGCUGACCUUACACGCAAGCAUGAGAAAACAUGCAUCGAGGUGUUCCAAGUGCAAAGGGAGGCUCUCUUCAAUAAGAGUGAACGUCAGGUGGCCGAGGCACAGCUGCUCACGGUCCAGCAGCAGUUAGCAGACCUGCAGGCUCAAUCCAGCCACAUCCAGCAACUGCACCAAGACAUCCAGGACUCAAAGGGGCUUAUCAAGGAGAAAGACCACAAAAUCACAGAGUUGUCUAAGGAUGUGUUCCGUUUGAAGGAGGCCCUAGGAGCUCUGACUCCACCAAUGGGGUUAUCUGCCUGCACUACUUCCUCUGGAAUACCGGGACAGCAGUUGGCACUUCAGAACAGAGUAUCUGCACUGACCCAGCAACUCCAGGACUGGGAGCUCAAGCACAAAACAGUGGUGGCCACAUAUCGAUCUCACCUCUUAGCUGCAGUACAAGGUCGCAUGGAUGAAGAGGUGCAAGCUCUUUUGUACCAAAUCCUUAGAAUGACCCAAAAUAACCAAAGCCAUUAAAAAUAUUUGCAAUUUGCUUGUUUUUAAACUGACAGCUACAUACAUUUCAAUGGAUAAUUUUUAAUGUAGUUAUUGUGUCAAGGUAGUGAAACAGGGACUGAACUGACACUGCAAUGCCAUACAGUAGUGGCAUUACAUAAGUCGAAAAGUUGUAUGAUUUUGGAAUAUGACAGAGAUAGAAAUAUUAUGAGUUAAUUAUUUUCUAAAGCAUGAUGGUAAUAUUAUUCAUAUCAAUUAACACUGACAAAUAGAGUGAUGUUUUUCAUGUAUCAUUUUUACAAAGCUUCAGGAUUUGCUGAUAGCAGUCACCUAAGAUAGGGAAGGUCAUCUUCAAAAUUAUAUGUUACUGAUUUUUUUAAUGAUUUAUAAAUCGGUAACAUAUCAGUUAUUACACAAUUUCUAUCAGUAGCAGUCUUUGCUAUAGGUAACUAGGGCAACAACAUGCCAAGGGCAGCGCUGGCACAUUAUAUAGACACACCUUUAUAAUCCUACCCCAUUAAAUAAUGGUUCUUAUUGGUUGCUUCCUGCCAACGUACCCAUGCUUCUCCUCCCCAACAGGUAGAACAGAACAGUGCAAACAGUUAAUCAUCACAGCUAUCAAAAAUCAGCACAGGCUGUGGGUGCUCAAAGGUCACCCUAUCCCAACUUCUUUAGUAAUUUUGCAAUAAAGAAUAUCAUUCAACGAUUUAGAAUUACCAGUGAUUUUAACAAAACCUUGACUUAGAAGUGACAUCUUGUCCCUACAACAAGAGAUUGUUGCCACAUACACUAGGGCCACUUAUUUUGUGUUCUUACUGACAUCAAACAUCUCUCAUCACAUCAUAACUUGUGACCUUAUUAUUAGGUUCUACUUUGGGUGAAGAAUUGUUCUGACUUAUGGAGUAUUAAAACUCCAUAUGCAUUUUAAUAAGGCAUAAACUUCAAAGUUCGAAUUUACUUUUACAUUACUUUUACAUUUUCUCCCUUAUCCAGAGAGACUUACAGAAGUGCUUUGAAGUCUCUAUCAAAAAAUACAUCCUGAUACUAGUUCACCAUGUCACAGACUAAGAAUACCAUCAGGGGAGUUAAUACAGUAAGAAAAGCACACAGACAACACUUUUUUUUUUUUUUUUUUAAAUAAAUGUGCUGAUUUUUUUUUACAAUAUUGGUGAACAUCCCAAAAUUAGCCAAGCUGCUUUUAUUCAUAUUUUAAUCUAGUCAUAUUUUGAAUAUUGAACUUUUUUCAACAGUUUUCAACUAAUAAGUACCUAAUAAAUUGCGUAACUCAGCAGAGAAGACAUUUAAACCUGUUUUACCAUUUUGAUCAUGUUAUGUUAUGUUAUGUUAUGUUUGUGAAUGGUUUUAUUUUUAAAAAUGUGUUCCCCAAGAUCAAAAAUGCAAUAUAUGUUCCUAAAUAAUCUAAAAAACUUGUUUUGUAAAAUUAUAUUUUAAAAUAUUUACUAUGAUUAGAUCUGAUCUGUGCAACCAGAUGACUUUUUGUCCUGGAAGGUUCAGUUUAUUAACACAUUUCAAUAGGUUUUUUGACAGUUGACCACUGCACUUGAGUUUUUUCUAAUGUUCCAGAAUGUUUACUCUUCAUAAGAUCAGCAAUUGCUACAGAGAUUGCUCUUGGGCUGUAGCAGUUACCGGUCUUAUGAAGACCAGCAAUGUAAAUGUACUGUAAGAGUAAAUUUUUCGUACACUUAAUUCAUACACAGGAAACAACUACAGCUACCAUAUUUUUUAAGCUGUUAGCUAGAUCCGAAAUAGCAGCAAUGUUAUGCUUAGUGCUUUUGUAUGUAGUUGUGUUUGUUUUCAGUAGUCUGUUCCAAGACCCAGGAAGUCCAGUCCUUGCAUUGUCACUUCAGUCCAAUUCACUCUUCAUUUUCUGUCUCUCUCUUCUGGGCCUCAAUCAUGUGUGAUACAUCAUAAUUUGGUAGACUUUAUUUAAGGUGCUGCCAAAGUGGAUGGAACAGCUUUCCUCUGUUCACUUCAUUUGUGCCUUCAUUUUGUUUUUGUGAUUAUAUUUAUGGUGAUUUAUGAUUUAUAAUAUUUUGCACUAUUGGUUGUGUCCCAUUUGGACAUUGCUAGCCUGGUUUGCUUAUAUAUUUUUUAAUACAACUUGCAUGAUUUUGUUUUGGGUUGGGUUUUUUUUAUUAUUCUUCCAGUUUUUCUAUUUUCAGUUUAGUACCACUGGGUGAAGAGUAUGAUUGCCAUUUAUGUUGGGCGAUUGUCUAUAUUUUUAGGUUUAGUCAUAGAGUUAGGUAAGCUUUUUCUCUGUUUUUCUUUUAUAAAGAUGUUUUGGCAAAGUUAGCCUGUAGUUUUGUUUAUUAUUUUAAUCUUUUUGUUCUUGAAUUAUUUUGUAUGAGUGAUGGUUCUUCUUUUCUUUGCACACACUCACAUUUAACACCCUAUUGUGGCCAAGUGCUACUUAAGGUCAUAACAUGUGGUGCUAUCAAGUGUAUGUGUUGGAUUAUGGAAUCCUCAAAAAGAUCACUCUGAAAUUCAAGCUGUAAAUAUUUUUCAGUCUGUACAUUCUCCUACAUGUGAAUUUUGUACACACAGUGUUGUGAAAAAGUAUCUGAUUUCUUCUGUUUUUGUUUAUAUUUCACUUUUUUUUUUAAAUAAAUUAAAACAAAAUCUAAGAUAAAACAAAGGCAACCUGAGUAAACACAAAAUACAGUUUUUAAAUGAUAAUGCUAUUUAUUGAAGCAAAAAAAUGUAUCCAAUACCAACUGGUCCUGUGUUAAAAUGUAUUUGCCCCCAUAGUUACUAAUUCCCCAGAUCUAUGAAAUUGCAUUCAAAAUGGGUUUCAGCUGGACUAGACACAACCAGGUCUGAUUACUGCAAACCCUGUUCCAUCAAAUCAACACUUAAAUAGAACUUUUACAACUGCAUGAAGUUGGUUAAAAGGUCUUACCCAGUAUCACACUAUACCAAAGUUAAAAGAAAUUCCAGAAAUGAUGAGGAAGAAGGAGAUUGAAAUACAUCAGUCUGGGAAGGGUUACAAAGCUAUUUCAAAGGCUCUGGGACUCCAAAGAACCACAAUGAGAGCCAUUAUCUCCAAAUGGAAAAACUCAGCACAGAAGUGGCGGGCCUUCCAAAAUUCCUCCAAGAGCACAGCAACUACUCAUCCAGGAAGUCACAAAAGAGCCACAGACAACAUCAAAAGACCUAUAGACAUCUCUUGCAUCAAUAAAGGUCACUGUUCAUGACUCCAUUAUCAGAAAGACACUGGGCAAAAAUGGCAUCCAUGGAAGAUUGGCGAGGUGAAAAUAGCUGCUAACCCAGAAGAACAUUAAGGCUCGUCUGAAUUUUGCUGAAACACACCUUGAUGAUCCUCAAAUGUUUUGGGAGAAUAUUCUGUGGACUGAUGAGCUGAAAAUGAACUGUUUGGAAGACAGGGGUCCCGUUACAUUCAGUCCAUAAGUUGAAACUCAAGCACAACUGGAUUAUGCAGCAAGACAAUGAUCCAAAGUAUAGGAGCAAGUCCUAGUCCUAGAAGUAAGUGAAACACUGAUCUCCAGUUAUCAGAAGUGUUUGUUUGCAGUUAUUGCUGCUAACGGUGGCACAAAAAGAUUUUAAUUUUAUGGGAGCAAUUCGUUUUUCACAUGGUGAUAGGUGUUGGAUAACUUGUGUGUUAUCUCAGGUUGCCUUUGUUUUAUGUUGUAUUCUUAACACACCUUUUUUCAAAGAAUCAUGCUUUCAGC